AUGACUCAGGGCAUGGAGGAAUCUGUAGAGAUUUUUGGAGAUAUUAACCUCACUCUCGGCAUGCUGAACAAGGAAGAUAAUAUUAGCAAGGAAGACAUUUAUAGCCAUCUUUCUUCAAUUAUUCAGAAUACUGACAUCUUGGAUGAUGCAAUUGUCCAAAGGUUGAUUUAUUAUGCUUCUAAGGACAUGAGAGACAACAAUAUGCUCAGGGAAAUUAGAAUGCUAGCUGGUGAGGUGUUGGUGUCUCUUGCUGCACAUGAUUUCAAUUCUGUGAUGUAUGAAGUACAAAGUAACUUCAGGAUCCUGGAGCUACCGGAUGAAUUUGUUGUGCUUGCCCUGGCUGAACUAGCAACCAGUUAUGUGUCCCAGAGUAUCCCCUUCAUGAUGAUGACCCUGCUCACCAUGCAAACCAUGCUCAGGCUGGCCGAGGAGGAAAGGAUGAAGGGAGCUUUCUGUGUCGCCCUGGAGAAGUUCAGCAAGGCCAUUUACGAGUAUGUCAACCACUGGAGAGAUUUUCCUUAUCCCAGAUUGGAUGCCAACCGACUAUCUGACAAGAUCUUCAUGCUGUUCCGAUAUAUAAUGGAGAAGUGGGCACCCACGAUCUCACCCACGCAAGUGUUGUCCAUCAUUAAGGCCCAUGGCCCCACAGUGAGCCUGCUGCUCCAUCGGGAAGACCUCUGUGACUACGCCCUGGGUCAGGUCCCCUGGCUCCUGAAUCAGUAUAAAGACAAAGAGAUUGACUUCCAUGUCACUCAGAGUCUAAAACAAAUAUUGACUGCAGCAGUCCUUUAUGAUAUUGGCCUUCCAAGGGGCUUGAAAAGAGCCAUCUUCAUCAAUUUACUCCACCAGGUGUGCAGAGUUCAAGAGCCUUCGGUAAAGGAAAAUGAAAUUGAAGCUUCCAGUUGCUUCCUCAUUCUAGCCCAUUCCAACUCUGCAGACCUGAUAGAAUUUUUUGAUGAACAGAUAAGAAGUACUAAUGAAGUCGUUCGAAGGGGAGUCUUGACUUUGCUAAGAUCAGCUAUCAGUGCUGAAGAGCCCAGGUUGAGGGAUCACAUCAUUUCAAUUGAAAGAACAGUCAGAUUUGUCAUGGGUGACCUCAGUAUAAAAGUGAGGAAUUCCACCCUCCUCCUCAUCCAAACUAUGUGUGAGAAAUGCUACAUCGAAGCCCGGGAAGGAUGGCCACUGAUCAAUUAUGUCUUCUCUCAGUUUGCAAUGUCCAACAAGAAUCUGGAGAAACCGAUGAAACCUAACUCCCAUGAGGAUGAAAAGGGGGAGAAAUCUGUCCGGGAAACAAGCCUCGAGGUCUUAAAAACGCUGGAUCCACUAGUCAUUGGAAUGCCUCAGGUGCUGUGGCCAAGAAUCCUGACUUUUGUAGUACCUGAAGAAUAUACAGAAACUCUGGAAUACCUGUUUAGUAUCAUCAGAAUUCUGAUUAUGGCCGAGGAGAGAAAAAAGAAUAAUGCCAUGGAGUCGACAGCACUUGUCAUCUCUACAGGAGCUGUGAAACUUCCUUCACCACAACAGCUACUGGCCAGACUUCUGGUAAUAUCUAUGCUCGCCAGUUUAGGGAAAUUAUGUGGGGCUGGUGCAAUAGGACUUUUGAAGAUAGUGCCUGAGAUAAUUCACCCCAAAUUGAUAAACCUAUGGAAAGAACGCUUGCCUGAGCUCCUGCAGCCUCUAGAAGGAAAGAACACUAGUAUUGUGCUAUGGGAAACCAUGCUGCUUCAGUUGCUCAAAGAAUCUCUGUGGAAGAUCAAUGACACAGCCUGGACCAUUCAACUGAGUCGAGAUUUCAACCAGCAAAUGGGCAGCUACAGCAACACCUCCGUUGAGAAGAAAUUUCUUUGGAAAGCCUUGGGAACCACCUUAGCAUCCUGCCAAGACACAAACUUUGUAAGCUCACAAAUUAGGGAAUUUCUGAUUUCUCCCAACCAACUGGGGGAUCAACGACAGGGAAUAACAUCUAUUUUAGGAUACUGUGCCGAGAACCACUUGGAUAUUGUUUUAACAGUUCUUAAAACAUUCCAAAAUCGGGAAAAGUUUUUCGUGAAUCGAUGUAAGGGUCUUUUUUCUGGGAAAAAAAGCCUGAGCAAGACUGACGUUAUAGUAAUCUACGGAUCCGUGGCCCUCCACGCCCCUAAGAGUCAACUACUCACCAGGCUUGAGCAAGACAUCGUAUCUCAAGUCUUGUUUCUUUAUGGCCAGUGCUCUCAGAUUCUGGGCAUGUCUGUGAUGAACAAGGACAUAGAUUUGCAAAUGAGUUUCACAAGAAGUAUCACUGAGAUUGGCAUUGCUCUCCAAGAUGCUGAGGAUCAGGGGUUCAAGUUUUCCUACAAGGAGGUGCUGCUCGGUCACAUGCUGGACUUCAUCAGGGACGAGCCCCUGGAUUCUUUAGCUAGCCCUAUUCGAUGGAAAGCCUUGAUCGCCAUCAGAUACCUCAGUAAACUGAAACCUCAGCUCUCACUAAAUGACCAUCUUAAUAUUCUUGAAGAGAAUAUUCGGAGGCUGCUGCCCCUUCCACCUCUGGAAAAACUCAAAAAUGAGGGCGAGACGGACAAAGACAAGGAGCACAUUAACUUUCUCUAUGAACGAUCCAUGGAUGCUCUAGGAAAGCUUCUGAGGACCAUGAUGUGGGACAAUGUGAAAGCAGAGGACUGUCAAGAAAUGUUUGAUCUUCUCCGAAUGUGGCUUGUUUCACAAAAAGAGUGGGAAAGAGAGAGAGCCUUCCAGAUAACCGCGAAAGUGCUGACAAAUGACGUUGAGGCACCAGACCGCUUUAAAAUUGGCUCACUCCUCGGCCUCCUGGCUCCUCACUCCUGUGACACUCUGCCCACCAUCCGUCAGGCCGCAGCUAGCUCGUCUAUUGGUCUGUUCUGUAUAAAAGUGAAGAUAAUAACACCAAAUCAUCUUAAAGAGACAUUAAAGCGGAUUGUUAGUAAACUCAUCCCAAACGAAGAAAUCCUCAUGUUCCUGGAGGAAACCCUGGAUGGUCUGGAGACCCUCAACCCUCCAUGUAUAACGGCCUGUGGCAUAUGGAUGAUUGCUAUCCUGAAGGAACAGGGAGCUGCUUUGGAAGAUCAGCUGUUGGAGGUCUUGAGCAUAAUUUACUAUCACAUGCCGGUCCUCAGACAAAAGGAAGAAAGUUUUCAGUUUAUGCUAGAAGCCAUCUCCCAGAUAGCCAGCUUUCACAUGGAUACAGUUGUUACCAACUUGUUACAGAAGACUCUGCCCUUUGACAGGGACACAAAGACAUUGUGGAAGGCUUUGGCGGAGAACCCAGCCUCCAGCAAUAAACUAUUGCGAGCCUUAAUAGACAAACUGGAGAACGCGCUAGAAGAAGACCUAGCCGGCAUGGAUGCAAUUGCAGUGGCCUGUGCUAUCCAUGAAGUGCUAUCAACAGGCAUCCCUGUCACAGGCUUGUACCCAGAGCUGUUCACUCUUCUCCUGAAGCUGGUCAGCUGCACACUGGGCCAGAGGAUGCCCACUUCUGCCUUGAGCCACAGGCGGCGGGUGAUGCAGAAGGGAGAACGGCAGCAGAUAGCAGACCCCUGCAGGCUCUCAACCACAACUCUGAAGUGUGUGCAGGCCCAAGCCAUGAAAGAAGGUCUUGCCAAAGAAUCUGAUGAGGGAGACAACUUAUGGACACUACUCAACAACCCCAGUACUCACCACAUAGGAGUAUGUGCGCUGGCCAGGAGCAUGGCAGUGUGGCAACAUGGAGUCAUACUGGACAUCAUGGAGCAACUAUUCUCAUCUCUCACCUCCUCCUCGGAGAACUAUCGAAUAACCGGCACAGCCUUCUUCUCUGAGCUCAUGAAGGAGCCAAUCCUUUGGAAGCACGGGAAUCUACGCGAAGUGCUGAUCUUGAUGGAUCAGAGUGCCUGGGACUCCAAUUCCAUUUUGAGACAAAUGGCCAUCCGAGGGCUUGGUAAUGCAGCUUCUGGAGCCCCUCACAAGGUGAAGAAGCAUAAGCAGAUAAUAUUGGAAUCUAUCAUCAGAGGUCUGUAUCACCUGGCCCGCACCGACGUCGUCUGUGAAAGCCUGAAGUCUCUAAAAAAGAUCUUGGAGCUGCUCACAGAUCGAGAUGUGAGCUUCUACUUCAAAGAAAUUGUGCUGCAAACGAGAACCUUCUUUGAAGACGAGCAGGAUGAUGUGAGACUGACUGCCAUCCUCUUAUUUGAGAAUCUGGCAUCCCUAACAGGAAGAAGGUGGAAGAUUUUUUUUGCUGAAGAAAUUAAAAAGAGCAUGGUUUCAUUCCUUCUCCACCUCUGGGAUCCCAAUCCCAAAAUUGGAACUGCUUGCCGUGAUGUCCUCAUCGUCUCCAUUCCUUUUCUGGGCCUCCAGGAGCUCUAUGGGGUGUUAGAUCAUCUCCUUGAUGGUCAAGACCUACCAAGAGCCAGGGAUUUCUAUAGGCAAUUCUGUGCAAAACUGGCCAAGAAAAACCAGGAAAUCCUGUGGAUCCUCCACACACACUUAUUCUCUUUCUUCAACAGCAGCUGGGAGAUUAUCAGGAGUGCAGCCAUCAAACUCACAGACGCCAUUGUUCUCAAUUUGACCAACCAAUACAUGGAGUUAUUAGACAGAGAACAACUGACUGCACGGCUUCAAACACUUCGGCAAGACCCUUGUAUCAGUGUCCAGAGAGCAGCCGAAGCUGCUUUGCAGACCCUCCUGAGAAAGUGUAAAGAGACAACCACUUUUCUGUAA